AUUUCUUUAUAGAGUAUGUCAAAGAUUGAAAGUAUUCCAUAGCAUUUGCUGUUUUUCUUAAGUAUGAAGACACUGACGGCCUUUUCGCUGUUUUUUAUGGCGAAGCUCUGCCUUGGUGACAAUUCAUACACGACAAAGUAUGAUGGUAUAAAUUUGGAUGAAAUUCUAGCCAGCCAUCGGUUGUUAACUGGGUAUAUCAAUUGUCUAUUGGACAAGGGACCUUGUUCUCCUGAUGGAAAGGAAUUGAAAAAUAACUUGCCCGAGGCAAUUGAUAACGACUGCCAUAAAUGUACCCAAAGGCAAAAAGAGGGAGCUGAUAAGGUCAUGCAUUUCAUUAUAGAUAAUAGACCAGAAGAUUGGGAUAAACUGGAAGAAAAAUACAAUUCUGAUGGUUCUUACAAACUGAAAUAUUUAACAACAAAACUGUCGGAAAAUAGCGAGGAUGUAAGUAAAAAUUAUGAUGAAGACGACGAGGAAGUGAAUGGGAGUCGUGAUCAUACAAGCGACAAUGACCACGAUACGGAGAUGGAAAACCAUUAAUAAUUACGAACUGAAAAUUUAAUGAAGUAUAAAGAAAUUUCAAAUUAAGAAUGUUUGAAAUAAAUAGUUAGACAAA